AUGAGCCGCAGAGGCAGCGGCAGCGACGCGCCCUCAUCUUCGUCGGCGGCUCCGCCGCCGCCGCCGCGCCUGUCUGCGGCGGCCCAGAGUGUCCUCCGCCUACUCGCCGCCUGCCCGUCCAGCUCCGGCCUCCGCCAGAUCCACGCGCAGGUCCUCAUCCACGGGCUCUGCCGCAGCACAUGGGUCGCCUCCUCCUUCAUCGGCGCAUGCAACUCCGCCCAACUCCUCCCCUAUGCCCUCUUCUUCUUCUCCCACCUCCCCGACAAGCUCCACGUCUUCGUCUGCAACAGCCUCCUGCGAGCUCUAGCCCACUCCCCCUCUCCCGAGUCGUCCUCCCGGUGCCUCCCCGUCUAUUCCCACCUGCUCAGGGCCUCCGUCCGUCCGAACAACUACACCUUCCCACUGGUCCUCAAGUCCCUAGCCGACCUCCAGCUGCUCGCGCAGGGCCGUUCCAUCCACGCCCACGUCGUCAGGGCCGGCCAUGGCGGCGAUAUAUACGUGCAGAACUCUAUGCUGAAUCUCUACUCCUCCUGCGGGGAGAUGGCGGCGUGCGAGCAGCUGUUCGACGAAAUGCGCAUGAGAGAUGCAGUUUCCUGGACCACCAUCAUCGAGGGGUACCGCAAGGCGGGGCAACUGGACGAGGCGCUGGUCGCCUUCGAGCGGAUGCAGUUCGCCGGCACCGCGCCGAAUCGCGUCACGGUGGUGAACGCGGUGGCGGCGUGCGCCGCGCGCGGCGCGCUCGAGAUGGGCGUCUGGAUUCACGACUACGUGCGGAGGCGAGGGUGGGAGCUGGACGUCGUCAUGGGCACCUCCCUGGUCGACAUGUACGGGAAAUGCGGGAGAGCAGAGGACUCUCUGGUCGUCUUCUCCGCCAUGUCCGAGAGGAACGUCUACACCUGGAAUUCCCUCAUCCGGGGGCUCGCGCUGGCCAAAAGCAGCGAGGAGGCCCUACGGUGGUUCUCUAAGAUGGAGAAGGAAGGGAUUCAGGCCGACGCAGUCACCCUCAUCGUGGCGCUGUCGGCGUGCAGCCACGCGGGGCUCGUCGGCGCCGGUCGUGAGCUCUUCCGCAAGCUGCUCGGCGGGUCGUUCGGCUUCUCGGCCGGCGUCAAGCACUACGGCUGCAUGAUCGACCUCCUGGGCCGCGCGGGGCUUCUCGACGAGGCGGUGGAGGUGAUUGAGCAGAUGCCCUUCAAGACGAAUCCGGUGGUCUACGGGUCUCUGCUGAGCGCUUGCAGAGCCCGCGGGGACGCCGUGCUGAGCUCGCUCGCGGCGGAGAAGCUCGUCGAGCUGGACCCCGAGAACACCGCCUAUCGGAUCCUUCUGUCCAACUCGUACGCCGCGUUAGGAAGAUGGGGCGAAGCCGAGGAGGUCAGGAGGCUGAUGAGGGAGAAACAGCUUGGAAAGGUCCAGUCAUGGGCUGCGGGCUCCCUCGUACAUACAUCUAAACCUCCCGCGGAUCCCACAAUGGUCUCCUGA